GAUACCCGCUUCUCCCGCACACGAACAACGAUGACUGAGUCUCUUGCUGCCUUUCGCAAUGGAAAGAGCGCGGACCUCCGCAAGCUCGCAGAGGAGCACCUUCAGCACGAUUUGAGCCAGGAUGAGCGAGAUAUCUUGAAACGAGCAGGGAGCAAAGUGUCCACCCACGCUACAAUUGGAACAGCGCUCGGUCUAGGACUAGGUGUAUACUUUGCAUACCGACUUCGCUCGAUGCGUGUAGCCUACUUCAAUGCUUUCAGGGCCAUGGAAAAACCAGUGGAAGUGAAGUUCGGAGACGGUCGCACCCAACCAAUCCCCGACAUCACUGAGAAGCUUUCACCUUCCAGGUGGGGUGAUUCCGCCACUUAUUUCUUCUUCUCCCUGGGAGGUCUCUUUUUAGGCGGCGAAAUUGGUUUUCUCACUGGUUCUGCAUCAGCAUCUCGCACUAUUACCAAUGACCCCAAGGUCAAAGAACGAAUAACGAGGGCAUUCAAAAGCUAUCAAAUUGAUGCUUUGAAACAAGAGAUUCGACGUUUGGAGAAGAAGUCGAGAUUUGAGCAGCUGCUCGGCUAG